UCAUGACAACUUCCGGUGUACGCGGUCUGGCCGCGCUGCGUCCGGCGAUGACGCACUUCCUGUUUUCUCUCGCGCGUUCCCACCUAUCCCGUCAUGGCGCCGCCGAGCCGCUGGUAUUUCACCCGGGAGCAGCUAGAGCGCAGCCCCUCCCGCCGUGCCGGCCUGGACCCGGAUAAAGAGCUCUCGUACCGGCAGCAGGCGGCUAACCUCCUGCAAGAUAUGGGCCAACGUCUUAAUGUCUCUCAACUGACUAUUAAUACAGCUAUUGUAUACAUGCAUCGUUUCUAUAUGGUCCAGUCAUUUACAAGAUUCCACCGUAAUACUGUAGCACCUGCUGCACUGUUUUUAGCAGCAAAGGUGGAGGAACAGCCUCGGAAGUUGGAACAUGUCAUCAAAGUCGCUCAUGCCUGUCUUAAUGCUCAGGAACCCUUACCGGACCCCCAAAGUGAAGCAUACCUGCAACAAGCCCAAGACCUGGUCAUUCUAGAGAGCAUUAUACUGCAGACCCUGGGGUUUGAAAUCACCAUUGAUCACCCACACACUCAUGUAGUGAAGUGCACCCAGCUGGUAAGAGCAAGCAAGGACUUGGCUCAGACAUCAUACUUCAUGGCAACAAACAGUUUGCAUUUAACUACAUUCAGCCUGCAAUACACCCCUCCAGUAGUGGCAUGUGUCUGCAUCCAUCUGGCUUGUAAAUGGUCUAACUGGGAGAUCCCUGUAUCAACAGACGGGAAACCAUGGUGGGAAUACGUGGAUGUGACCGUGACACUAAAGCUUUUGGAUGAACUGACACAUGAAUUUCUUCAGAUCUUAGAGAGAACUCCCAAUCGUUUGAAACGUAUAAGAAACUAUAGAACCAUUCAAGCAAACAGCAAACCUAAAGAGGAUGGUUGUGACGAGGAUAGCAAUGACACUUUUUCUGACCAGAAUAUACUUAGAAUGUUCUCCCGCAGUGGCUUUACAAGCAGUUCCCCCUUUUCUGAUUCUUCCUCUCAGUCAUUCACUGGAUCAAAAGGAGAUUUUGCAAUGUCUGGAAGUUCAUGGGGAACUUUGCAACAGAACCAGAGGCAGCCGCAAAGAACUAGUGAGCACAAUCCAUGCCUAGAUCAGGCUCUACCUGUAAGCAAAGCACCUACCACUGCAAAAGUAUCACUGAAAGAGUACCGUGCAAAACAUGCUGAAGAGUUAGCUGCACAGAAACGACAGCUAGAACAUAUGGGAGCCAACUUGAAGGAACAGUAUGCAAGUGCUGCUCAAAACCUACUCAUUCAGCAGCAGAGAGAUCGAGAGAAGGAGAGCCAUACAUCGCCCAUAAUUUUAAAGAUUCCCUUGCAUGAAGCAAGUCAUGAACGGACAGACAAAUCUACCAGUCUGAAAAUGCAUCUUCCUGUAGCUGGCCGGGAUAAACCAGAGGAAGGAAAAAUUUACAUUAAAGUGCCAAAUGAAGAAAGCGGUGGUAAUGGCAAGAGUAGGGAAAAACACAGAAGCAGUUCUUCAUCUCAUCACCACCACAACAGCCAGUCCCACCGUCAACACCAUCAGGACUCAUCCAGCAGCUCAAGUGGCAAACGAUCUUCUCUAAGUAGCACUUCUCACAAAACAUCCGUUCCUUCUCGAAAGAGACCUCCAUCAGAUGAUGUCAGCAGCCAUGACCCUUCUUUUCAUAAACUAAGGCGGACUUCCAAAACUCCCAUGACUGAUGCUCCUGUAGCGCAAGCAUCACACAGACCACGUAGUAGUCAUGGCAAGACAGAGAGGGAGGCCUCCUCUGGUGCCAAUGGACACAGUACAGCUAAAGUUAUUGAUUACCAAGACACUGUAAACAUGCUACAUUCACUGUUAAGUGCACAGGGAGUGGCACCCAUGCAGCCACCUCAGUAUUUGCAUCAAUAUGGGGAUUAUCGCAGGCCAAGGCCGAGCAAUGCAGAUAAACCCAGACCUCCUCCCCUUCCUGCCGAUCCACCUCCACCUAUGCCACCACUUCCUAAAUAACUGCUAGUGAGGUUCACAUCUUCAGACUGCAUGAAAGGGUUGAAUAGCCACUUUCUUAGCACACUGUUUUACCAGCAUAUUUUCUCUGUGCUCUUCCAUGUACUUUGUCAUGUAUUUCAUGUUCCAAGUUAAUUUUAGAAUCUUUUUUUUCUUUUCUUUUUUUUUUUUUGUCAUGUGACGUAUGUUUUGGCUUUCAAAAUCGCUAGUUUCUUUGUUACACUUUUUCACAAUGUCUCUUCUCACCUGUCUCCUUAAAUGAAAUGUGUUUUUACUGUACUUUGCCAUUUGUGUUAACAUGAAGAUCAACUAGCUUUUUUUAAAAUUGACUGUCAAGGAAACAAUUUUGAGGUCCAGUUUUUGUUUUUUUUACUAGCAUGUCCAGGUACUUUAUGUGAGAAUAAUUUUCUCUUUUCAGGUUUCACACUGGAAAGUUAUUCUGCAUGCCAUCUGUGUGUGCAAAUGGAAUAAGUUAUUAUAAAUGCAAAUUUAUAAAGAGGCUUAAUAGAUCAGAGACAUAUUUUAUUUUUUUUGAUGGUCAAGUAUUUGGUCAAUUUUUACAUACUUCCUGCUGACCUUCCUGUGCUGUGUUGAAUAUUUUAAACUGUGUCAUAAUCAUUCAUUUUCAGUCUGCUGCUUAAAAAAAAAAAAAAAAAAAAAAGAAAGAAAGAAAAAAAAAGGUCUAACUAUUCCAUCUAUCACUGAUGGUAUUUAACACAGGUAUGUGAUCUUUAAUGCCGGUUUGACCUAAAGCUCUAAAUUAUAAUAAGAAUGUUUUUAAAGUAUAGCUAAUGCUAUAAAUAUCCAAUCAGGAAAAAGAAAAUGAAUUUAGAAAAAUAUUUAGAAAUGGCAGCCACCAUCUCUCGCAUCAAACUUUGUAUACUUUUUGCUUGUUGCUGUUCUGAAAAUCAAACAAAGGGGUUGGCCUACUAAUACAUUCAUCACCUAUCUAUCCCCUAACGAUCUCAAGAACAGAGAUUCCCAGGCAUCCCUUGUUAAUGGAAUGCAUUGACAUGGUCACAGCUCCAGUCACCUAACAUGAUCUUCAUCAGUCCCAUAGCAGUGAAUAGAGUGGUGACCAUGCAAGCUCUCCAUUCACAAGGCAAGGCCUCUUGACUCCCUUCAACAUAUCACUUUUCCACCUUUUGGAUUAAUGCUGUUAGUUGGCCAACCCUUUUAAAUAGAACAUUUUGAGGUUUGGAAUUGGUGGAAAAGCUGUGGUAGGGAGCAUGUGUACCUAGUAACAUAGUUUGUAAGGCUGAAGAAAGACACCCAUCUAGUUCAGCCUAUUACCCUGAAGUGUUGAUCUAGAGGAAGGCAUAAAACCCCAUGAAGUAGAAGCCUGUCUGAAGUGGACCAAGUCUUUCCCACUCCUUCUUAAGUACAUUAAAGUCUUAGUCCAGUAAUGUGGUCCUUUGCUAUCGUCACAGUUUGCCGUGGAGAUACGCAACUAACGCUAAGCUCCUUGCAUUAGUUUGCUACAGCAACCCAACCUUCUGGUGUGAGCUGCGUCCCCCCAUGCUGAACUGUGCAGUGUGUGUGCUGGAUUGCAUCACUGAACUUUAAAGGAAAAUUGUAUUCAGUUCCACCCACACUAACCUGUUUGUAUAGGUGUGUAGUGCGGGUGACACAGAUGAUAAUGAUAUCUACCUAUCCCCAUUUCAUAGUUCUGUUGACCCAUCAUCUACCUUGUUCGGGCGGCAGUCUUGAUGUGUGGGGGAGCUUCAGGGACAUGGCCACAUCACCUCUGCUGCUUCUUUGUUGAGUCCCAGCAGCAGUAGUGACGUCAACAUGCUUCUGAAGCUCCUUACUAAGCCUGUCGGGUGAAUGGGACUACAACGUGGGGGCUUGUAAGUAUCGUUAUCAUCAGUGUCACCCACCCUACACACCUGUACCAACAGUGAAACUGAUGUCAGUUUCUCUUUAGAUGAAAAUAACAAUUGAGUACUUCCAGCACUGGGGAGCAAAAAUUAUUCUCUGGCACCGGAGAAAAUGUGCUUGAAUCAGAGUAUUAUGUACUGUUAGCGCUUUAACUAAAUAUGGGUAACAUCUAUAUUUCUACAAACGUGUUUAGAUAUAGAUGUGUCACCCACACAUCUUAACUUUAUUUGCUAAGAAACAAUCUUAAAGGAAACGUGAGAAAAUGAGCUAUUUUUAAUAGCUUGUAAAUUAUGUAUUUCUUAAACAAAUGUUUUAAGAAUUUUUGUAAAUUUUUUUUAAUUUUCCACGUCAUCACUUAAAAAUUUGCAGGUUUUUAAUCUGACCAUUAAGCCUAGUAAUAUGCUGACACUUCAUGUUCUGUAGAGGAAACAUUUCAGCAGUCUCUUCUUUAUCAUACAGGAAGGAUAACCACAAAAGUUAAUACUAAUGUAUAGAUAACACAGGAUUCACCAUUCACGAUAUAUGAUGUCGCAUCUCCCUUCCUCCUCCCUGCACAGUGGCUUCUGCACAGGUCACAGAGUAUGCCUAGAAAAUGUUCUAUAGAAGUCGGUGAUUUAAUUCCAGAAUUUUAAGUAUCUCUAUAAAUGCUGUUAAAAGCAGCUCAGGCAAGAUGGCUGCCUCCAUAAUCAUGUACAGAAAGUAGAAUUUAAAAAAUCUACAAUCAGAAAAUAAAAACAGAUAAGAAAAUAUGUAUCAUUGUCUGAUUUCAAUUAGUAAAAAUUAUUUGGCCCAUUGUAGGAAUGAUCAAGCCCUCUCUAAUAAAUCACUAUCCUGUAAAGCUCCCGUUCUGCUGUAGUUAAUAUUCAAAGGGGUAUUUGGAGUAAUAACACUUAUAUCUUAUCCAAAGGGUAGGGGGUAAGUGUCAGUUCACAGGGGGUAUGACGACCAAGCCCCCCACAGUCUCAAUAAUGAGCCCCAUCUCUGCUUUGAAGAGAACUGUGAGUCACGCAUGUGCACUACCGUUCCAUUCAUUGUCUGGAGCUGCCAGAGAUAGCCACAUACAGCGCUCAGCUAUCUCUAGCGGUUCCAUAGACAAAAGAGUGGAGUGGCGUCGCAUAUGCAAGACUGGCUGCUCCUUUCAAAACAAAGACUUGAAGCCCUGGUCUUGAGAUAGCAGGGGUAGCCGACUAUGUAUUAGGCUGCAUGCAGCUACAGGCCAAUUAUAUGAGAGAUGAUCUGACCUUGUAACCUUGUCCCCUUUAGGGCUUCUUUUGAAUUUCAUGAUAUGAUGGAACUGAUGCAUUUCCUUAGGCCUCAUGUAUGCAGAUUUCCUGCAGCGCUUCAUACAAAGAACUUGUAAUAUACAUAUAUCAUGUGUGCAGCAUGGAUCCAUAGAACUUUGUGGGCACUGUAUUCGCCACCAAUUUGUCUUGGACUUGUACGUGGGCUAUAAUAUGUCCUGAUAAUACAAGAAGUAGAAUGUCCAGCGCCAGAGGUUGCCCUACAAUCUUCUCUUUAUUUAAGCAGCAAAUAGAAUAUAGAUUCUGCAAGACAUCUUUAGUGCACCUAUUUUUAAAUGGAAAAAAUCUAAAUCACUGCUGCUUUGAUCGCCAGGUGAUGAUUUGUCUUCACUGCGGCCAGAAGUCUUCUCAAGGCCCCCAGAACUGCCAUGUAUGUGCAGCAUGCUGUAUACAUUGCUUGUCAGCAUAAUGCUAACCGGCAUAACACACUGCACUACAGUAGUUUUUCAGUGCAUUAUAUCGGGUCAGACGUUCACAGUUGAGAGUACUUAUGGGACUAGUUAACAGUUAAAAAAAAAAAAAAUAAUAAUUUUAAAAGGGAAAAAAAUAUACCCCUGUCCACCAGAUAACCAGAUACAUUACAUUGUUGUGUAUAUCCUUAAAGGUACAUAUUCUGUUGCUGGAUAUACCACUGAUUUCCAUUAUUUGCCUUGCUGAUCUGUUUUGUGCAUUAAAAUAACAAAAGCAACAAGCCCUCAUAUGUCUAUGUGGACAUAAUAUAUUUUUUUUAAAGUUAUAGCUCUUGGAAGGGGACAUUGAAAAUUGGGCUAUACCACUGAUUUCCAUUAUUUGCCUUGCUGUUCUACUGUUUUGUGCAUUACAAUAGUACUCCGCCCCUAGACAUCUUAUCCCCUAUCCAAAAGAUAGGGGAUAAGAUGUGUGAUCGUGGGGGUCCCGCGGCUAGGACCCUGCGAUCUCUGUGCAACACCCAGCGUUCAUUUAGAACACUGGGUGCGGGCGGCGCCCCUCCUAUAGACUUGCAUUGAGGGGCCAAGGUGUGAUGUCACCACCCUAGCCGCCCGCUCCAAGCGUACAGAACAAAAUUUUCCGAACUCUGGGGCAGCGGAGUACCCCUUUAAGAAUUGUGUGAUAUCUGAGAAUAUGUUAUAUUAUUGUUACGACUCGUGUGCACCCAACAGUCAACUGAUUUUUAUUGUCAGGCAUAUUGGCCCAUAUUUAUCAACCGGUCAUUGACAUUUACCAGAGCUUGUUUAGACAUGCUGUUUUAUCCAGUCUCCGUUUACAUAUAAAGUAUAAAAAUGUAAAAAGUACACAAAAACUGUACUUUAAUACACAAAAGAUAUUUUGGCUAUAAAUAAUAAAAUAAGUACAUACCUUUCAUAUGCCCUGCCUUGUUUCUUCUCCACUGCUCUGUUAACUUGCGUGCAACCGUAAAGUGUCAUACUUGAUUUUACUGACUAGUGUAUUCAUUUUGGCCGCACCUUUGUAGCUACGUUAUUACCAUGUCAGUUGCUUGCAUUAUAGCUGUAUUUGAUUUUUCAGGAAAAAUACUGAUGGGAAAUAAAACAUUAUGGAGACAAUACAUAGGUCAUGUACAUAAAUUGGGAUUUAGGGGUGUAUUUUGUCUGUACAUAGCUAUAUUUUGUAUUUUCUGUGUGUUGCAGUACACUUCUGUGAAUAUAGCCUAAGAGCGUUGAAAGCAAGUUGUAACGUGUCUAGGGAAUUAAUGAAACCACCUUUUAGAAUUCGGUACAUUUCGUGUA